CAUGGCCGUAAACCUUUUUCAAACUUUUAAAACAAAACCUCCUUUUUAAACCCAAGAAAUAUAGGCCAGCAACGCCUCUUUCUCUUUGACAACUGAAAUAAACAGCAGCAAUAGGGAGGCCAAGAUCGUUUUCAGCAGCAAAAUCUCGGGUGCUAAAGUUAUCCCUUGAAGAAGUAGUAAAUUGAAAAUGGACAGAAGUGGCAAAAUGAGUAUGAGGACAAGCACGGGAGGAAGUAGCAGCAGCAAGGCAGUACCAAUAAUGCGGGAAUUUGUUAGGAUAGACAGUAGUGCCAGUGCCAGAAGCCAACAUGAUGUUAUCAAAUUCCGUCUUGUAUCAUACAACAUUUUGGCUCAGGUGUACAUCAAGAGGUCUCUGUUUCUGCAUUCUCCGUUUCCUUGUCUCAGAUGGAACACUCGUUCACAGGCAAUUUUAACUCUUCUAAAAAACCUUGGAGCUGACUUCUUUUGCCUUCAGGAAGUAGAUGAGUAUGAUUCCUUUUAUAAAAGAAAGUCUGAGGAACAUGGAUAUUCUAGUAUAUACGUUCAGAGAGGUGGACAGAGGCAUGAUGGGUGUGGAAUAUUUUAUAAGAACAACUGUGCAGAAUUACUUUCGAAGGAAACAAUAGAAUACAAUGAUCUUGUAGACUUGUUACAGGGUGAAACCUCCUUAUCUGCUAACAAGCAGAAUGAGACAAUGACCAAUACAAAUAAUGGUGCUGAUCCAAAGAAUGAUUCUUCUGUUAGGAGUAGUCCAGCGCAUCAUGGAGAUCCCAAUGAUCAACGUGUAAGAUUAAAACAAGAUUGUGUAGGAAUUAUGGCUGCCUUUAAACUCAAAGAUCCUUUUGAUCAUGUCAUUAUUCUGGCAACCACACAUCUUUAUUGGGAUCCAAAGUUAGCUGAUGUUAAGCUUGCCCAAGCCAAAUAUCUUUUAUCACGCUUAGCUCAGUUUAAAACAUUGGUAACAGACAAAUUUGAAUGUACUCCUUCAUUAAUUUUGUCUGGUGACUUCAAUUCAACUCCCAGAGAUAAGGUUUAUCAGUAUCUUAUUUCUGGCAACUCGUCAACAUCAUCAAUUGGAUGUUUGGAAGAACCUCCCCUUUCCUUGUGCAGUGUUCAUGCUUUCACAAGAGGAGAACCACCAUUUACAAACUGCACCCCGAACUUCACAAAUACGCUUGACUACAUUUUCUUUUCCCCAUCUGACUGCCUAAAACCUGUUAGUAUUCUCGAACUUCCAGUGUUGGAUUCGCCUGAUAUUACCGGUGGAUUGCCAAACUAUAGCCACCCGAGUGAUCAUCUGCCAAUAGGUGCUGAAUUUGAAAUUACUAAAGAUUAAAAUAUUCAAGUUUGAGUCUGCUGGGUCUUUUCUCACGGAGAAUGGAGAAAGAGAUAAAAGGGCCAGAGCAAGCUAAUAAAUCUCCCAAAGAUCUGUUUAGCAAAUAAUGUGUGGCUUUCCAAUUUAUUUGAUAGAAACAUUUGUCUUUUCAAGCCUGUAACAAGCUGACAAACAUCUAGACAUUUUCGGUUUUGGAACUCGUUAUUAGAGUGAAUGCAAUAUUUAUAAUAAUAUACUUGGCUAUUAAUAUCCCGUAGAUCUCUUGCAUGAUACUUUGGGGUUCAGGCUGGGGCUGUGAGGGGCAUCUAUUCUGAGUCUAUUUAAAGGGGGACUGGAUUAAAUUGUCCUAAGCAAAUCAAUUUUCAAUAGAGGCCAAAGGACGUACCACAUUCCUCGUGACAUGUUACUGUAUGUCUCUAGUUUUGAUUUGUUUGUCAUUUCCCAAACCUGUUAAAGUGAGAUAAAUCCCAGACAACCUGCAAACAUUCAUGCCAUGUCUUACAUGGAAUGUAAUUGCUGAUUAUACUUUGUAUUAGACCAUACA